GGUGAAUUUUCAGCAGAAGUUAGCAGAAAGAAGUAAUCGCAGUCAUCGUGCGGAAGGCAUUUCGUUCAGUCUAUUGAGUGAGUAGAACUGAGAAUCAAAGUGGGACCGUGAAUUUGAUAUUCACGUUAAUACGUCACAGAGAAAGCUGAGCAUUUAGUGAUCAAUUAGAUAUCCUUUUUCGAGGAUAAACAUCGAAUAUACGGUCUAAACUCGACAAUUAAUUCAGUGUCGCAAGGAAAACGUUGAUCAGCCUAAUAUCAGCCAUGGCUGCUAUGUCCGUGAUUGGAAUCGACUUCGGUAACGAGAGUUGUUAUGUGGCCGUAGCACGCGCUGGAGGUAUUGAGACAAUAGCUAAUGAUUACAGUCUUCGAAACACACCAUCAUGUGUGGCAUUUAGUGGAAAAAAUCGAAUUCUUGGUGUGGCAGCUAAAAAUCAAAUGGUUACUAACAUGAAAAAUACUAUUUAUGGAUUUAAACGAUGGUUAGGUAGAAAAUACAAUGAUCCCCAAGUACAGCGAGAAAUUCAAAUGUCACCUUUUAAGGUAACUCAGCAGGCAGAAGGAAAUAUUGGUAUACAUGUACAAUACUUAGGAGAAGAACACAUCUUUUCACCUGAACAAAUCACUGCAAUGUUGUUCACAAAAUUGAAGGAUAUAUCUGAAACUGCUCUGCAAACAGCUAUUAAUGAUUGUGUUAUUUCUGUUCCUUCAUAUUUUACACAAUCUGAACGCCAAGCAUUGCUGGAUUCUGCAGGAAUUGCAGGCUUAAAUGUUCUUAGAUUAUUCAAUGAAACAACUGCUACUGCUUUAUGCUACGGUAUUUACAAACAAGAUUUACCUGCACCUGAAGGACCUCCAAGAAAUAUAGCUUUUGUUGAUUGUGGAUAUGCUAGUCUACAAGUAUGCAUUUGUGCGUUUCACAAAGGAAAGCUUAAGAUGUUAGCAAGUGCUUCUGAUAGUCAGUUAGGUGGCAGGGAUAUAGAUGCCAUUCUAGCCGAUCACUUCUGCAAAGACUUUCAAUCGCGUUAUAAUAUUGAUGCACGUGGCAGUCCACGUGCAUAUGUAAGGUUACUAGCAGAGGUAGAGAAGUUGAAGAAACAGAUGUCAGCCAAUUCAACAACACUUCCUCUAAAUAUUGAAUGUUUCAUGGAUGAAAAAGAUGUACAUGGCACCAUGAAACGUGCAGACAUGGAAGCAAUGUGCGCUCAUUUGUUUAAACGCGUGGAAUCCACUUUGCGGAAGUGCCUUGAAGACUCCAAACUGAAAUUGGAAGAAAUUCAUUCGAUAGAAUUAGUGGGAGGUUCCAGUCGUGUUCCCGCUAUUAAACGUUUGGUAGAAGAAGUUUUUAAUCGUCCUGUCUCUACAACAUUGAAUCAAGAUGAAGCUGUUUCGAGAGGUUGCGCACUCCAGUGUGCAAUGUUAAGUCCUGCUGUAAGAGUUCGCGAUUUUUCUGUGACAGAUAUUCAACCAUAUCCAAUCACGUUAAAAUGGAAUAAUAAUCAAAACGAAGAAUGUGUAAUGGAAGUAUUUGGUCAUAAUCAUGCUGUACCAUUCUCAAAAAUGUUGACAUUUUAUCGAUCAAAUCCGCUUACACUGACUGCCAGUUACAGUGCCCCGCCACCAACGUAUCCUCAAACUCAUAUUGGUGUGUUUGUAAUAAGGAAUAUAAAGCCAACACCAGAAGGAGAAUCAUCAAAAGUAAAAGUGAAAGUGAGGAUAAAUUUAAAUGGAUUAUUCACAGUUACCUCAGCAUCACUCAUCGAGAAACGUGAGCUUACUCAGCAAGAAAAAGAAGAAGAGGAGAAACAGCACCAACAGCAGCAGCAACAACAACAGCAACAAAACAUGGAAGUUGACCAUCAAGCGGAACAAAAAGAUAAGCCAGAUCAAGAAGCACAAGCAAAUGAACCACCAGCACCAGAGGUGAGCAUGGAUAAAACACGACGGAACUCAGAUGCUGAUGAUGGUGGAAGAGGUGCGAGGGGUUCUGGCCCUUCCUACUCCUCCAGGAUUCUCUCUUGGUUCAGCUCGGGAGAUGACAAAGGUGAAGAGAAUAAAGGCAAAAAGAAAAUUCCUAUUCGUACCAUUGACCUUCCUUGGGAAACACACGGCUUUGGCCUUUCUCAGCAGGAUUUGGAGAAUGCACAAGAAAAAGAAUGUAAAAUGAUUGCCGCAGAUAGACAAGAAAAGGAACGUAUUGAUGCCCGCAAUGCAUUGGAGGAAUAUGUCUACGACUUACGUGCAAAAUUGUCAGAAGAAGACGAAUUGGCCACAUUUGUUACAGAAACAGACAAAGAAGCACUUUCGCGGACAUUAAACGAAACUGAAGAUUGGCUCUAUGAAGAAGGUGGAGAUUGUCAACGACAAGUUUAUGUAGAACGGCUAACGCGCCUUAAGGCACAAGGCGAACCAAUUAAAGAAAGGCGACAUGAAUUCGAAGGCAGGAGUCACGCAUUAGAAGAAUUAGCGGCAGCGUUACAAUUAGCGAAGAAAAAUGUUGAUCAUAUUAAAGCACCAAGUGGAAAGGAUGAUAAAUACUCUCAUCUAACAGAUGAAGAAGUGAAGAAAAUUGAGAAAGCCGUACAAGACAAAUGGACGUGGUUGGAAGAGAAACGUAUAGUUCUUGCCGGGACUGCCCGUACACAACCACCACCGGUUACUGUUGCCCAAAUACGUGCUGAGAAACAGUCAUUGGAUAGUAUUAUAUUACCAAUCCUAAACAAACCAAAACCUAAAGUCGAGGCUCCAGAGGAGGACAAAUCAAAAGAUAAAAACGCUGAAGAUCAUAAAACUAAUCAAAACAGUCAAGGUGAUGGUCAACCACAAACUAAUCAGCAUCAAUCACAAGAAGAGAAGAUGGACGUUGAGUCCAUCCCAUUUUAGUGAUCCCAUUUUAUAUGUUUUAAUACUAUUGAAUCUAUCAUGAUUAAAAUAAUGAAAAUUAUUUCAUCAUUCAAGUCAUCUUUAACAUGUUACAAAAGCACCUGAUACGUUUUUGGUUAGCACAUACAAUUGUUUCUUUUUCUUUUCCUUUCACUGUUGUUAAUGUGAUAAGUUGACUUAUAUUCAAGGAUCAAGUGUCACUGAUUCAAGUAUGUUGAAAAUUGAAGAAUUUUUCCCUAGAUUACAAUGGAGGAAGACUACAUGUUCAUUUUAAUUUGACUAAAAGCGAAUAAUGACAUUUGAAGUAAUUGACACGUAGUUGCAAAAUUUCUCUACAACACAUUACAAUGCUACUUUCACUUUAUUUUCACGAAAAAAAGGAAAAUUGAAUAAUUUCCGUUUUAGGAUUUUACAUUUCACAUUUUAUUGUGAACAUACAGUUAACACCACCAUUGUACAGAAUUUUCUAUUAAAAUAUGUAGUUCCUUAUAUUAUGAAAACACACAGUAUUAAGUUAUUAAAAUGCCGAUACUAAAAAAUUCUGCAAUUUUUAAUAUACCAAUAAAAAGCAGUGUAACAAAAUUUUUUUUAUCAGUGGAGUACUCUAAAGAGAUCCCUGAUUUCAUUGCCAGUAGGAAAAGUUAAUACAUUGCGACCUAUAAUAUAUAGGACAAAUGCUAAGUUAGAACUAAUGACUAAAUUAAAUUGUGAAGUAGUUAAUAUCGCUGGCGAUCUUAUGUAUUUAAUAAUACAGUAAGCAUUCAUUCCAACACUCCCAGGCCGACAGCAAAAUAUCCUGUCACACAAACUUCUGUUGCAUUUACAAUACUUAAAUAAAUUAAUAUUUCGUUAAUAAUGUUUUAAGCUUGUUCUAGGAUUUGCUUUGAUGUGCCGACAGAAUGGCAUGUGUGUAAAGAAGCUAAAAAGAUCAAUAUAUAUAUAUGGUAUUUUAUUUUUUAAAUGCUAUCAAAUUUUAAUGACGCAACAUUUCUAAACGAACAAAAUUAUAGUUAGAUAUAUUGAUGUACAAAAUUCAUAGCGAUUCGUAAAAGGAAAAACAUUUUUUUUGUUUGGAUUAUGAUUCAUGUAACAAAAUGGAAAUAACUGAACUUAAGUGUUUGAGAAAUAUAUUACUUUAGUUCCUGUAA